GCAAACAUUACGCUCUCUCUUCCUUUUUUUUUCCUUCUCUUUUUCCUCUUCCUCUCUUUCCUUGGCUUCUGCUCAUUCAGUUCAUCCUACUCAUUCCAACUCAUUCUUCUUUCAUUCCUGUAACAUUAAAAAAAAAAAAUUAUGGCACCGACUAAUUCCGCUAAUCUUGUUGUGGUAAUCACUGGUUGUGAUACCGGAUUCGGUGCAGAGAUCACCGAAGAUCUGUACCAACGAGGAGGCUUCACCAUCUAUGCUACUUGCUUGACUGAACAGGCUGUAGAAGCCUACAAAGCCAGGCAGUCAUCGCGUAUCAGACCUCUCCAGAUCGAUGUCACAAAGCAGGACGAUGUCAACCGUCUUCGUACUCAAAUUGAGGAAGAAUGUCCUCAAGGUGUUUAUUGUCUCCUCAACAAUGCCGGAAUCUAUGCCGGAGGAUUCUUUGAUUUUGCAACCGAAGACAGUUUUCAGAAACUUAUGGAUGUCAACUACAUGGGCCUUAUUCGUAUCUCCAAGGCUAUGCUUCCUAGUCUACGCAUUUAUGCCAGAUCUCGUCAUAGUCCUCAGGGCAAACACUUACCUCGCGCACGUCUCCUCACUAUUACCUCCAUUGCUGGUCGCGCCAACCCUCCAGGUCAUGGUGGUUACAACGCUUCAAAACAUGCUGCAGAAUCUAUUAUGGAUACACUGCGUGUAGAAUUAUCCCCAUUUGAGAUUGAUGUCUCGAUGUUGGAACCUUUCUAUGCCAAGACUCCCUUGGUUGCUGGUGCACAUUCAGUUCUGGAACGAUCAUGGAAAGCAGCAGAUAUUUCGAUUCAAAAGAGGUAUGGAUCUCAAUUCGUUCAAGGUGUAAAGACUCAUGCGGAAGAGCUUUAUAACCGUUCCAUGCCCUCCAAAUGGGUUGUGGAUGCUUCUGUCAGUGCCAUCAGGAAGAAGAAUGGGGCACAGAGGGCUCGUAUCUUGAUUGGCUUUUGGUGGGUCGGAACCUUAAUUUGGUUGCAGGAGAUAGCGCCGUCCUGGAUCGUUGACUUUAUCACUAAACUGAUCAUGAAGCGGCUUGGUGCCUGGCCUACAGACCCACUUUUGCUUAAAAGCUCAAGUCACUCUGAUGUGAAAGGCAUUUAAAUCCCUAAUCUAUACUAGUAUCAUACACCUACACUAUACAUUUCUCUCUCUCUUUUAC